CGGCAGUUUGACGGGAUUCCCCGAAGAUCAAGGCAAACCUCGCAGAGCAGUGAACUACAUUUCCCAGAAGGCUUUGCGUAAGCGGCGCCCUCUUCCUGGAUCCGAAGAAAGGCUUCUGGGAGUUGUAGUCUUCCCACCUUAGAGCCCAGUCCUUCUGGCUAGAAGAGCAGGCGAGGGAAGAUGGUGUUCGUGCUGCCGAAAAGAGAGGCGGGGUAACACUCAAACAGGUGAAGAGCCCUCAGGAUGAGCAUCCUGGCAUGGUUUUGCUAUGGAGGUCGUCUGCUCAGAUACUCUGAAUGAUGAUUUUGUGUUCCAGGCGGACUCGGAGGCUCAAAUGGUAAAGAUGGCUGAUCCUUGGCAAGAAUGCAUGGACUAUGCAGUUACUUUAGCAAGAAAAGCAGGAGAGGUAAUCCGGGAGGCACUGACAAAGGACAUAUCCAUUAUGAUUAAAAGUGCUCCGACAGAUCUAGUGACAGUCACGGACCAAAAAGUGGAAAACAUGCUUAUUUCUUCCAUAGCAGAAAAAUAUCCGUCUCACAGUUUUAUUGGAGAAGAAUCUGUUGCAGCUGGAGCAGGAAGUAUCUUGUCAGAUAAUCCUACUUGGAUUAUUGACCCUAUUGAUGGAACUACUAACUUUGUACACAGGUUUCCCUUUGUGGCUGUUUCAAUUGGCUUUGUUGUAAAGAAAAAGAUGGAAUUUGGAGUUGUCUAUAGCUGUAUAGAAGACAAAAUGUACACUGGAAGGAAAGGAAAGGGGGCAUUUUGUAAUGGGCAAAAGCUUCAAGUAUCACAACAGCAUGAUAUUACAAAAGCACUUUUGGUGACAGAGCUUGGAUCCAAUCGUGAUCCCGAAGUUUUACAAAUUGUUCUUUCAAACAUGCAGAAACUUCUCAGCAUCCCUAUCCAUGGGAUUAGAGCAGUAGGGACAGCAGCUGUAAACAUGUGCCUGGUGGCAACAGGCGGAGCAGAUGCCUACUAUGAGAUGGGGAUUCACUGCUGGGACAUGGCAGGGGCUGGAAUCAUCAUUACUGAAGCAGGCGGAGUCUUGCUAGAUGUUUCAGGAGAACCCUUUGAUUUGAUGUCAAGACGAAUUAUUGCUGCAAAUAGCCAGGUUGUAGCAGAUCGGAUAGCAAAAGAGAUUCAGAUCAUUCCUCUUCAAAGGGAUGAUGCAACAGAUUAAAUGUUGUGCUUCCUGUACCUGUAAUUGAUAAUUGCUAUCAGCUGAUCUGUAUACUUAAAAAUAGUUUUCUAUGUGAAGCACGCAUUUUGCACUGGAGGAGUAUAGGUUUGGUGUUGAAUCCUAACAUUUCAAAGCCUGGUUUUAAUUCCCCAUCGCAACUUUUCUGGAAAUUACCUCUUGUGUAAAUGGCACGUGAGAAAUUGGUUUUAAAUGUCAUGUUUUUGUCUCUAACAGGAAGAUACCUGAGGGAGAAGGGCUGGGAUUUGGUAUAUAAUAAUUAAUGAUGAUUAGGGAUCAGUUAAUUUCAGAACAAGAUUGUUCAGUGGUGCUCUGACUGUCAUACAUGGCUCUCUGUAUCAGUUAGAUUAAAGCUAUUCAAAAAAACUAGGAAGAAAAAUCAUAAUCCAUGGAGGAAUAUUUUAAGAAAACAAAAUAUUGCCUAAAAUGAAAAGCAGGACAACAGCAGUUUAUUGCUAAAAUCCCCACAAGCAAAAAUAAGACUUGCUCUACAAGCUGAGGCCCAAGUGAGAUGCUAUUUUAACAAACCCAUGGUUCCAACCCAGGUGUUCUGUAAAAAGGAAGGGGAGAUCCAUUAGCAGGUGGGAGAGUUGCUUAACUCUUCCUGUGGCUGCUGGUUCUUCUCUGCAGAUGUUCCCCCAGGAAGUGUUUCUCUCAGUUGGACUCACAGCUGGUUCUGUCAUCUGUGAAAAGGGACAAGAAGCCUUUCAAAAUGGUGAGAGAAAUUUUUCUGGAGAAAAUCAGUGAGCAGAUGCAGGAUUAAGCAAUUCGUCCUGCUUGUCCAUUCUCUGCCAAUAGUCCAAUGUUAGCAUCACAAUGGGAAGAUGGUCCUACUCGGUGUUCCCUCUAAAAUGUGCAUACAUGUCUGUGCUCACAUGUUUUUUUUAUGUCUGCUAAGUUAAUUUUAGAUCCCACUCUGAAUGCAUGUGCGCACACACUGCCUUGAUACUCCUGCCCAGAACACAACUCAUUCCACACACAGAUUAAAAAAAUUAGAGAGAUCACUGGUCCCACUGUUGAAUACAGUAUUUCCCUUUUUUUAAUGCGUAGUUUUGCUCCAAGUGCUGCACUGACCAACUUUCUUUUUCCCAUGAUGUUAACUGGUGUUGUGUUUGUGCAGUAUCUCCAUAUAAACCUUGCUGAUACUGACCUGUUGAGUGUCCUUGAUCACAGUGAUUUAGAGGCUGAAAUGUCAGAGUUGGGCGACAGGACAGUCAAAGUUAAACACUUUGAAGUUUUAACACAAGUGAGGGUGCAAUGCCAAUCCUGCUCAGGCUGCCCCAGAGCAGCUAUUUGGGGAGAAGUGGGGGGGGGAGCCCCAAGAACAAAUUAGCAUUUAAUGUAGCAUGUAGUUCAGCCCUUUACAAGUGCUUAAAGGUAAAGUGUGCCAUCAAGUUGAUUUCAACUCCUGGUGCCCACAGAGCCCUGUGGUUGUCUUUGGUAGAAUACAGGAAGGGUUUACCAUUGCCUCUUCCCACGCAGUCUGAGAUGAUGCCUUUCAGCAUCUUCCUAUAUCGCUGCUGCCCAAUAUAGGUGUUUCCCAUAGUCUGGGAAACAUAGCAGCGGGGAUUUGAACCGGCAACCUCUGGCUUGCUAGUCAAGUCAUUUCCUGCUGGCUUAAUCAUGCCCCAAUUGUUGUAUUAUGGUUCUCAGUGCAUUCUCCCUCUUUCUUGCCUUAUGGUAGUUUGUCAGUUCUUCUGGAAGGUAUGACAAAGCUAAAAAAAAGUUACCUAAGUUCUAGUAGAAAGUACUCUUACUACAAAUGCCAGAUUUAUUAAACCAGUACAGAAAUAUUUAGACAGAAGUCAUUGAACAAGCUAUUUACACACACAUUGCCAAUGCUCAAGUACAACACACAACAGAAUUGAGCCAGGAUCCAUUUGGUCACAUACAUGAAGUGGGCUUUGGCCCACUAAACUCAUGCUAUGUUUGUUAAUCUUUAAGGUGCCCCAAGACUCCGUUGCAACAGUCUAGUGUUAGGGAUAUUCCCAAAGAGCAGUUCGAGCACUUUUAGGGAGUUCUGACCAGAAACUUGAAGAAAAGGGAGUCUUUGGCACCCUGUGCAGUUUCCUGCUGGGGCAACACGCAUCCCAAUAACCCCACACACAGCACCAGCAUGCACAUGCGCAGAUGGCAUUUGCGUGUCAGCAGUACCAUGCUGACCAUGCAAUUGGCACCUGUGCAUACGCUGAUGCCAUGUGUGUGUUGGCGCUUUAUGAGGAGGGAGGGGCGUUUAUUGGGAUGCACUUCACCCUAGCAAGAAGUUGCAUAGGGUGGCGGAACAUAGGUAAGGAACUGCUCUCUUUUUUUCUUAAGUUCCCAAUCAGAAUUCCCUAAAAGUGAUCAGUCUGAGGUUCGGGCACAUCCCUAUCAAGUCCAACUACCUGUCUGGAGUCUUGGCCUUAGCUCCAUCCUUUGUUCUGUGUGUAUGCUUCUAUCCAUCUAUCUAUCUAUCUAUCUAUCUAUCUAUCUAUCUAUCUAUCUAUCUAUCUAUCUAUCUAUCUAUCUAUUUAAUUCUCUAAGGCAUAGAGUUUACUGUAAAAUGUUUGAGUGCUUUGCCUUUCUGAGAGAAGAAAGUAACAUAGAUAUAAACAAGUAUUUGACGGUUAAACAAAGUGAACUUUGUGGCAUUAAGUACUAUUGACUUGAAUCAUACAUGAAGUCUGCCAUUUGAUGUACACUUAUUUUAGUCGGCUUCAUUAAACACAGUGGGACUUGCUUCCAAAUAAAUGUGCAUAGGUUAUUAUAGACUUGUACGUGCUUACUGAAUUCUUAGCAGCCAACAUGAUUUCUUUAUGAUGUGCAGGCCUUGCUGCUUUGCAUUGGGCUCAGAGGUAGUUCCCAAUGUGCUAGUAAUCUGUUCAUAGCAUGGUGAAAUUACCAUGUUCUAUGCACUCGGCCUUCUGGCCUUUGUGUUAGAUCUUCCAGUAUGUAUCCCCUCCAGCCAUAGCCAUGCAGCCUCUGUAAACCUAGAGGAAUUAAGGGGUUUCACUGUAAUAAUUGUCAAAUUAAAUGUAACGAAUAAGGUUCACUUUUGAGGUUAAUUUCCUUUAGAAUUAUAUGGAUGAAUAAAUUAGACAUCACAGAAGUAAAUUGUUGAUAGCCCAAUCUUCAGUUGCUUUGUACGUUAAUAUUGGGGCAUGAACUUUGGGAACUUAUUAAUGAUGGCAGACUGGUGCAAUCCUGUGCUGGGGCUGCAGCUCAUAGGCUCUGGGAAAGUUGCUGUGGCACCAGUGGUCAGUUGCAUGAGGUAACAAAAGACAGAGACCAUUAUAAACUUGAUUCAAACAACUCUAGACAUUUCCUGCCUCAUAAGCCUUUAGGAUUUUAUUUUAUUGUUGAAGGUGUUGGAAGUAAUUCCUCAGCCGACAAGACCAAACUGAUACGCUGGGCUUUUGUAUAAAACCCAAGUUAAGACAAAUACUUGGAAUAAUAAUAUGAAGCAGAUUUAUUUUGUAAAGUGAAAGUUGUUUUGAAAUGUAUUACAGGAACAUAAAUAAAAUACAAGUUUUUAUUUAGAA